UGCGCUACUGUGAUCAUCUCCAUGGAAAAUGGUAUUUUUCAGAAGUACGAGCUAUUUUUUCAAGGCGUUACCUUUUGCAAAACUUGGCAAUAGAAAUCUUUUUGGCUAGUCGCACUUCAAUAUUGUUCGCCUUGCCCGAUCAGAGCACUGUUAAAAAAGUUAUAAAGGCGCUGCCUCGUGUUGGUGUCGGUAUCAAAUAUGGAAUUCCACAAACUAGGAGAGCUUCUAUGAUGUCUCCUCGUCAAUUAAUGCGAAACUCCAAUAUGACACAAAAGUGGCAGAGAAGAGAAAUUUCUAAUUUUGAAUAUCUAAUGUUUUUAAAUACAAUUGCGGGUCGUACGUACAACGAUCUGAACCAGUACCCGGUGUUCCCGUGGGUGCUGACCAACUACGAGUCGAAGGACAUGGACCUCAGCCAGCCGUCGAAUUACAGGGACCUCUCGAAGCCGAUCGGCGCCCUCAACCCGAACCGCCGCGCCUACUUCGAGGAGAGGUACAACAGUUGGGAACACGAGAGCAUACCGCCGUUCCACUACGGGACCCAUUACUCAACAUCGGCAUUUGUUCUCAACUGGCUCAUUAGAGUGGAACCUUUUACGACAAUGUUCCUAGCUCUACAAGGUGGAAAAUUUGACCACCCUAACCGUCUAUUUUCUUCAGUUGCCAAUUCAUGGAAAAAUUGCCAAAGAGACACAUCAGACGUCAAGGAAUUGAUACCAGAAUGGUUUUUCCUGCCAGAAAUGUUCGUGAACAGUUCUGGAUAUCGUUUAGGCCAGCAAGAGGAUGGAACCCCGGUAAAUAAUGUUCAACUUCCACCGUGGGCCAAUUCUCCUGAAGAGUUCAUAAGAAUAAAUCGGAUGGCUCUUGAAUCCGAGUUUGUUUCUUGUCAACUGCAUCAGUGGAUCGAUUUGAUAUUUGGUUAUAAACAAAGAGGGCCCGAAGCACUCCGAGCAACCAAUGUAUUUUAUUAUCUAACUUACGAAGGUAGUGUAGAUUUAGAUUCAAUAGCUGAUCCAGUAAUGAGAGAGUCAAUAGAAAACCAAAUUAAGAAUUUUGGACAAACUCCAUCGCAGUUGCUGAUGGAACCACACCCUCCUAGAAGUUCUGCAAUGCACGUGUCUCCGAUGAUGUUCUCCAGUAUACCGGACGAUGUAUGCAUGGCUAUGAAAUUCCUGUCGAAUUCACCAAUAUGUCAUAUAUCAGCGAACACUUAUCCACAGCUGCCAUUCCCUUCAGUAGUAACUGUUACGACAAAUUAUCAAUUUGCUGUAAAUCGAUGGAAUUGUAAUUAUGCCGUUAGCGUACAGUCGCCAAGUUAUGCUGAAACCAGCCAAAACCAAAGCAGUAAUCUGCCUCUUGCGAUGGAUCCCGUACUUUCCCAAGCUACAAAUAGUUCGAAUUCUACUGUUCGCCGGCAUUUGGGCGAUAAUUUUAGUCAAAAACUGCAAAUAAGGUCGAAUUGUUUUGUGACGACAGUCGAUAGCAGAUUUCUUGUGGCCUGUGGUUUCUGGGACAACAGCUUUAGAGUUUUCUCAACGGAAACAGCGAAAAUCGUGCAGAUAGUAUUCGGCCACUACGGUGUGGUGACCUGCCUGUCUCGUUCCGAGUGCAAUAUAACAUCAGACUGUUACAUCGCAUCAGGUUCGGCCGACUGCACCGUCCUGCUCUGGCACUGGAACGCCCGCACCCAGAGCAUUGUCGGCGAAGGUGAGGUCCCGACGCCCAGGACGACGCUCACCGGUCACGAAAAGCCCGUAUCGGGCGUCGUUAUCAGCGCAGAAUUGGGUCUCGUCGUUUCAGGAUCAACCAACGGACCUGUUCUAAUCCAUACUACAUUUGGCGAUUUACUGAGAUCGUUGGAAGCGCCGGAAGGUUUCUGCUCUCCGGAAAAUAUUGCAAUGUCCAGAGAAGGAGUGAUAGUAGUCAAUUAUAAGAAAGGAAACAUUGCCGCAUUUACGGUCAAUGGCAAAAGACUGAGAUAUGAGUCACACAAUGAUAAUUUACAGACGCUCCUGCUCAGUCGUGAUGGUGAAUACCUGAUGACUGGUGGAGAUAAAGGUAUUGUUGAGGUUUGGCGGACGUUUAACUUGGCACUGCUUUAUGCAUUCCCUGCUUGUGAUAGCAGCAUUCGAUCAUUAGCCUUAUCCCAUGAUCAGAAAUUCCUGCUGGCCGGCUUAGCAACUGGUUCAAUCGUGGUAUUCCACAUCGACUUUAACCGCUGGCAUCAUGAAUUUCAACAAAGAUAUUGACUUUUCUAGUACAAUCAUUGUGCUAUAGUGGUUUUCAGAUUGCACUGAUCAGUUAGGCUUUGUAAUAGUAUUAUUCUUCGGUAUGUAUUAAUUGCAAUCUUUAAUUUAUUGCACAACCCUUA